CUGCGCAUGCGUUGUUUGUCAGGGCCAUUAUUUUGUCCUCAAGCUGUUGAACAACGGCGCUUCGUGAAAUGAAUUAAAAAUACCGAACGCGGGUGGGCUAUUUUUCUCUUCGCCCACCGCCACGGACAUACAUGGAGUGUCUCGGCCGCUAGGACGGCUUGUCGCAGGGCUGUUGGCUGCCCGAGUGGACUUGGAGGCCCCGACGACGGUGCUCGGAGUGACAGCCCCGUUAAGAGAAGAAGCAGUAGGCUGGCUGGCUGGCUCUUUAUCUUCUUGGCUAGCCACCUAAAGCUAGCUUCCUAGAUAGCGACGGAAGGAGGGAAGGGAUGGGGGCGGGAGGGAGGAGGUACAAAAAUAAAGUAAAAAGGACACAUUGAUAAUCCCGGAAAGAGUGAAACAAUCAACUUGAAGAAGAGAUGGCACACCUACGAGACAUGCAAAACCAGGUGUGACAGAGGAGUCCAAAGAAUAAUCAGAAGAGUUCUCCAAGAGCCAAGGACCACCUGUGAAGAGCUUCAAAAAGACCUGGAAUAAGCAGAAUUCACGGUUGGAUCCUGAGGAGUACUUCACCAAGCAAGAGCGCAUUGGCAAGGGCUCCUUUGGAGAGGUCUACAAAGGCAUCAACAACCGCACCAAGGAGGUUGUAGCUAUUAAAAUCAUCGACCUGGAGGAGGCGGAGGACGAAAUUGAAGACAUUCAGCAGGAGAUCACAGUGUUGAGCCAGUGUGAUAGUCCUUUUGUGACCAAGUAUUAUGGCUCAUACCUCAAGGGGACCAAGCUGUGGAUUAUCAUGGAGUAUUUAGGUGGAGGAUCUGCUCUGGAUCUGCUCCGUCCAGGACCACUUGAAGAGACGUACAUUGCCACGAUAUUGCGGGAAAUUCUGAAGGGGUUGGAGUAUUUGCAUUCUGAAAGGAAGAUUCACAGAGAUAUUAAAGCUGCCAAUGUGCUGUUGUCCGAGCAGGGCGAAGUAAAGCUGGCUGAUUUCGGGGUGGCGGGACAGUUGACUGACACUCAGAUUAAGAGGAACACAUUUGUGGGCACACCCUUCUGGAUGGCGCCCGAGGUCAUCAAGCAGUCGGCGUAUGACUUCAAGGCUGACAUUUGGUCCCUUGGAAUCACAGCCAUUGAGUUGGCCAAAGCCAAACCUCCCAACUCUGAUUUACACCCCAUGAGGGUCCUCUUCCUUAUUCCCAAAAACACUCCGCCCACCCUAGAAGGAGCUUACAGCAAGCCCUUUAAAGAGUUUGUGGAGGCAUGUCUAAAUAAGGACCCCCGUUUUAGGCCAACAGCCAAAGAGCUGGUGAAGCACAAGUUCAUCACGCGUUACACCAAGAAGACUGCCUACCUGACUGAACUGAUCGACCGCUACCGCCGCUGGAAGUCCGAAGGUCACGGGGAGGAGUCCAGCUCGGACGACUCUGAUAUGGAUGCGGACAGUGAUGUGGAUUCCUGCCCCAUGUGGACCUUUCCAACAGUCAGACCAAACUCUUUGAACAAGUUACAAAAGGGCUACACACAUACUGACUUGGAGUCAGGGGAUUCUGUCAAAAGGCAACCCAAGUCACAGUGCUUGUCAGCCUUGGUGACACCCAUCUUCAAAGAGCUAAAGGAGAAGCGGCGAGCGAGUGGCGGCGGAGUUGGCGCCAUCGAGGAGCUGGAGAACGCCUUCAACCUGGCAGAGGAAUCCUGUCCGGGCAUCUCCGACCGCCUCGUCACACACAUGAUGGAGAGAGUGUGCAGGUUUUCUUUAAACGGAAACUCCACGCCGUCUUCGCGAUGAAACCCUAAGAUGAAUGUUCAACCCUCACCCAACAAAUCAGACAAGGACCUCAGCUGUGCCCCACCCACCCACUUUUACAACCUGCCCACUCCUCAUCACCCCCGCCCAAGAGACCUUUUAUGUAGUUAUUAAAUAUUUUUACAAUUUUU